AUGGCUACGCUCGCAGCAAACGACCAGGAAAACGCCGUCCGCCAUCUGCACGCCGCUGCUGCAGGAAAGUCGCUCAAUGCCGGCCUCAAGGGCUUCAACGCCAAAACACCCGGAAACAAAGCCCCCAAGACGCCAUUCAAGAUCCCUCUCAACGACGAAAAUGCCGUCGGCAGAGCAGGAAACACCAAGGGCAAGGGCAAUGGCCUCUUUACCACUAAGGCGGGCGGCAAGAUAGACGCAAAUGCCUUUGUUACGCCAGCCGGUCCACGAACUCGCGCGCCGCUGGGCAUGAAGACGACCAACGCCAAGUCUAGGGCCUUCGCAACUCCAGCGCCUCUUUCUUCCGCUGGGAAGACACAGAAACUGAGCCCUCGCAUGCGCCGACCCAAAGUCAAGAUCCACCAGCCUGAAGUCGCCCAAGAGGACCAAGAUGACGUGCCUGAGGUUGAAUACAUGCCCCCCAAGGAGAUUCCGCUCCAAGAUGACAUGGACGAAUUCCUUCCCAGGGACUGGACCAUGCCCAAGAUCACCAACCAGGACAUGGUCCGCGGUAUCUGGCAAGCCUACCACAACCCAAUCGAGGACGACGGAAGGACCCGUGAGCAGCGCAAGUUUGAGGAGGAGAUACAGCAGGGUCGAAAAAAGCGUGAUGAGCAAAUGGAGAAGGUGCUCGCUGCCCAGAUGGCAAAGGACGAUGCCGAGACAAAGGAAUACUAUGGUAUCAAGGAGCCAAAGAAGGAGGCGCCCAAGGCUCCCGCUGCGCUCAGGACGAGAACGAAUGGACCAUCGACUAUGCGAGCCAGAUCUGCAGCUGCUGCUCUCUCUCCGCCAUCGAAGCCCAGCUAUGCUGCUCCAACCGCAGCUGCAAAGUCGCGUGUGCCCACUGGACCAGUCGCAAGCCGGAAGGGAGCAAAGACUCCUACCCAGCUCACAGCAUCUCGUCAAGCAUCCGCUGCAGCAGCUUCCAAGAGCACCAUUGGCUACGCUCAAGGCCGCGCCGGACGCGCCGCUCCAGCUGCUCGAAAGCCUCUCUCCAACGUUACCAAGCCCGCUCCUUUCUCCGCUGCUUCCCGACCCGCCUCCUCCACCCACAUCCGCAGUGCGAGUACCAACACGGGCACCAUGCGAUCUCGUGGUCCCAUGUCUCGUUGCAGCUCUACCGCCACCGACGCUACACUCGUCACACCUCCAGAGGAGGAGGAGGAGCCGCGCCGCACAGCCGAGGAUGUUGAGCGUGAGCUGGAGCUAUUGCUUCUCUCCCACUCAGACGACGAGGACGAUGAUGCGUGGAUGAAUAGCUUCAACACCCAACUACAUGGUGCGGAUCCUCUCGAGGAAGAUCAUGAGGACUUCCAGCUCCAGCUCCCUGAAGAAUUCUAG